AUGACUUCACUGCACGAUAUGUCGGACCAGCGCUUCAUCAAGACGCACCUUCACUAUCAUGUUCUUCCAGACAGCGUGAAGACCAGCGGCGCCAAAGUGCUUUACGUGUACCGCGAUGCCCGAGAUGUUUGCGUUUCUUUCUACAAAUUCGCGAGGCUGCUUAAUCUUUUCCAGUACCGCGGAACAUUCGCAGACUUCCGCGACAACUUCAUGCGCGGCGAAAUAGUGUGCGGUCCUUACCGAGAGCACGUGCAGGGCUACCUGGAGCACUCGGACACUGUGCUCUGUCUGUCGUACGAGCAGAUGCACCAGGAUCGCGGCUCGGUCGUCCGCAAGGUGGCCGAUUUUCUGGGAGUCUCCCUGAGCGACGCCGAUGUCGACGAUAUCGUGAAGAACACCAGCUUCGAGGUGAUGAAGGCGAACCCGGACACCAACUUCCGUCAUUGGGAGAACAGCGGCAUGGUGUCUGGCACUGAGGAAGGCACCUUCAUGAGGAAGGGGGUGGUGGGCGACUGGAGAAACUACUUCACCGAGGAGGAGAGUGAAGCCUUCCUGAAUUGGCGGAAUGAGAAGGUCGCCUCUUUGGAGUGA